AGGUUUAUUUUGGCUUCUCUAGUCUCCCACUCGGCGCCAUUAGAGAUGUGGGUAGUAUGGAGAACGGGGAUUAAAAUGAUUUAAUACCUGGGAAGAAGACAGGAAAAACGGCUUUUUUCCCCGUACAAGAGGGUCUUGCCGUCAGGUAAAGGUGUCCCGGAAGAGAAACGGAAACAUGUAAUUAAAGAAGGGAGUCGAAAUAAACGAAAGGAGUGAAAACAGGGAUUGGAAAAGCCAGAGCGGAGGACGGGGGGGACUGGGCUGCUCCGAGCAGGGUUUGUGGUGUUUGUGCACCAGAGAGGAGGAUAAACGCAGGAAAAGCUUGCUUCCUGACCUUGGGGGCAGCAACAUAUUGUGCGAGAGGGACUGAUCAACAAUGACGGAGCUGGGCAUAAAGUGGGCUUGUGAGUACUGCACGUAUGAAAACUGGCCGUCGGCGAUCAAAUGCACCAUGUGCCGUGCACACAGACCCAGUGGCACCAUCAUCACUGAGGACCCCUUCAAAAGCAGCUCUAGUCUGGAAAGCAGCCGGGAGUGGGACCCAUCCAGCACUGAGGGGGGCAGCAGCCUCCUAAUCUGUCCAGACUCUAGCGCUAGGCCCAGGGUUAAGACUGCCAACGCCACAGAGAGCACCAGCAAAUGGUCAUGUCACAUGUGCACCUACCUAAACUGGCCCCGUGCAAUAAGAUGCACUCAGUGCUUGUGCCAGCGUCAGCGGACGCGCAGCCCGACUGAGUCACCCCAGUCCUCGGGCUCGGGCUGCCGGCCCGCCCCUCCUCCAGUGGACCCGUGUGAGGAGUACAAUGACCGGAACAAGCUGAACACCAGGACUCAGCACUGGACUUGCACUGCUUGCACCUACGAAAACUGGCCCAAGACCAGGAAGUGUGUUGUGUGUGACCACCCCAAACCUAACAACAUAGAAGCAAUAGAGCUAGCGGAGUCCGAGGACCCUUCCUCCAUCAUUAACGAGCAGGACCGUGCUCGGUGGAGGAGCAGCUGCAGUGGUGGUCAGAGGAGGUCACCCCCCACGUCCAAGAGGGAUUUGGAGGUUAAAAUGGAUUUUCAGCGGAUCGAACUGGCUGCUGGUGCUGUCGGGAGCAAAGAGGAGCUCGAGGUUGACUUUAAAAAGUUAAAGCAGAUCAAAAACAGAAUGAGGAAAACGGACUGGCUGUUCCUCAAUGCCUGUGCAGGUGUUGUGGAAGGGGACCUGGCAGCAGUGGAAGCCUACAAGUCUUCAGGAGGGGACAUUGCACGGCAGCUCACAGCUGAUGAAGUGCGUCUCUUAAACCGUCCUUCUGCUUUUGACGAUGGCUAUACUCUGGUACAUCUAGCUAUCCGCUUUCAGAGACAAGACAUGUUAGCCAUUCUCCUGACAGAGGUCUCUCAGCAAGCUGCCAAGUGUAUCCCUGCCAUGGUGUGUCCAGAGCUGACAGAGCAAAUACGCCGAGAGGUUGCUGCCUCCCUGCACCAGCGCAAGGGUGACUUCGCCUGUUACUUUCUCACAGAUCUCGUCACCUUCACCUUACCAGCAGAUAUCGAGGACCUUCCCCCUACAGUUCAGGAGAAGCUGUUUGAUGAAGUGCUAGACCGAGAUGUGCAGAAAGAGCUAGAGGAAGAAUCUCCAAUUAUAAACUGGUCAUUGGAGCUGGGGACUCGACUGGAUAGCAGACUGUAUGCCCUUUGGAAUCGAACAGCAGGAGACUGCCUCCUCGAUUCAGUACUACAGGCCACUUGGGGCAUUUAUGAUAAAGAUUCCGUUUUACGGAAAGCACUUCAUGAUAGUCUCCAUGAUUGUUCACACUGGUUCUACACGCGCUGGAAAGAGUGGGAGUCUUGGUAUUCUCAGAGCUUUGGAUUGCACUUCUCUCUGCGGGAAGAGCAGUGGCAGGAGGACUGGGCUUUCAUUCUGUCCCUGGCUAGUCAGCCUGGAGCAAGUUUGGAGCAGACUCAUAUUUUUGUUCUUGCACACAUUCUUCGUAGACCAAUCAUAGUUUAUGGAGUAAAGUAUUAUAAGAGUUUUCGUGGUGAAACAUUAGGUUUCACACGUUUUCAAGGCGUUUAUUUGCCUUUGCUGUGGGAACAGAGCUUUUGCUGGAAAAGUCCCAUUGCUCUUGGUUACACAAGGGGCCAUUUUUCUGCACUGGUGGCAAUGGAGAAUGACGGCUAUGACAAUCGAGGCGCGGGCGCCAACCUCAAUACAGACGACGACGUCACUGUUACCUUCUUACCAUUAGUCGACAGUGAGAGGAAGCUACUGCACAUACACUUUUUAUCUGCACAAGAGAUCGGCAACGAGGAGCAACAAGAGAAGCUGUUGCGGGAGUGGCUUGACUGCUGCGUGACGGAGGGGGGCGUGUUGGUCGCCCUGCAGAAGAGCUCGCGGCGGAGAAACCACCCACUGGUCACGCAGAUGGUGGAGAAAUGGCUGGAUCGCUACCGGCAGAUCCGGCCCUGUGCCUCCCUCUCGGAUGGGGAAGAGGACGAGGAGGAGGAUGAUGAGUGAGGGAGGGAGCGCAGGAGACCAGAUUAGCAUCGCAACUGCAGUGCAGCCUCAUCCAUGUCAUGUGGAUUUCCAUGCGCUCUGUUGUGGGGCAGCCCUUUCCCAGAAAGGGACGAGCAAGCAGCCCUCUAGAAGUACUCGAAAGAAGAGCUGUUGCCGCAAGAGUAUAAAACACCUAAAAGAAAAAAUAGCAGAUGCGUCCUGAAAAUAUGAAAAAUGUUUGACUGACACCUCUACUUUGCUGCAAAAUAGAAAAUGGUUGGAUUGAAAUUAAUACAAAAGAAUUCUAGUUUACUGAAAUGCUAUAUUGAACUUUAAUUUUUUCCAAAUGUAAAUCUUUAUCCAUAAAUGUAAUGCAUGUGGUUGUCUGAGAAAUUCUGUUAAUAGGAAAAUACCAGCAACAAAAAGGAAACUUUAUAUUGGUUUAAUAUGGGCACUUAAAGCACAUUUUUAAAGUGGCGUUUAUUCAGUCUAGAUUUCUUUUUAAGUCUCCCCCUAUUUUUAGUUGAACACGUUUUCAUUUGGCUUUCUUGUGUGUGAUAGAAGCCAGUGUUGCCCAUCUGGAUCACGUUACAGGCUCUACCUGGGCCAGGUUCUCCAUCUUCAGGAACUUCUGUUAUGGACACUCUACCUUCACAUCACUGCAUAACACAUCUAUUUACCUGCCAGACUAGAAUAGAAGGAUUUUUUUUGUUCAAAUCUAAACCUCUAUCCCCUUUUGACACAGCUACAUCCGCUUAGGGAUAAAGACUUUUUUUUUCCUGAUUGUUUACCCUUGACAGGCCUGAAGAUUUUAAAAAAUAUUUAUUUGUCAAGAGAUUGCAGAGUGCAGAGGAGGUACUAUAUUCUCCCUCGGAUUCAGUUUUGAUUUUUUUGUGGUUUUGUUGAUUGUUUAUUCAAUCUUGAUGAAGAAUUUUGUUGCACAAAAUACAUAUUCUUGCUGUGAGAAAAAUCUGUACAAGUUUACUUUAGUUAUUCAUGUGUGAUGAGUACCUCAUUUUGAUGUUACAACCUUGGUGCUUAUUUUUGGGGAGGGGAAGAAGUCACCAAACACAUUCAACAUUAUGAAAUUAAUGCAUUAACAUUAAAUUAGAAUCACUUUCAUUUCCUGUCCUGUUUUAAUAUUUUCCAUUUUCCUUUCUGAAUAAGUAAUUCAUCUUUCAUCUUGUAAUAUUUGCCAUUUGUUCUUUUUUAGUAAUGUUUUACUAAUCUUUAUCUUCACAGAUGAAACUGCAAACCAAAGCAUAACACUAUCUGGUUGGAUAACAUUGGUUUAAUAGCCAUGAGUAAACGUACUGUAUAUGCACUGUUUUGGUGUAAUCUUCAAAGACCUACACAGCUGAAGUAAUUUUGUAUGCUGCUUUGUAUUUACCUUAUUAAUGCAAAAUAAGAAAUUCUUAGUUUAGUACUGAAUGAAGAUGACAUGAACCUGAGUUAUAAAAACCCUUUAUAAACUAUUAAGGUAAGUAUAGUUUCAAAAUGCUAUUUAAAAUUAAAAUAUUAAACAUGUAAAAUGUCAGGAGCUGCUUUGCCAAAAACGGUAUAUUUUUUUGGAAAGAUGUUUUGGAAGAAUGGGGGCUUAAAUAUCACAGGACCAUGUUGUCUGACUUUUACGUCACGAGUGAUUUUAUUUUUUGUUUGUUGUUGCAACCAGUUGUAUGUAUACAUGUGGUUUUGAUAAUAUGAGCUGCGGAUAAGCAGAACAAAAAAAAGUUCCCAGUUUCAAAGUCUUAGGCUGGGAUUUGUUUGAAUAUCCGGAAUAGAGAAGGGCAGCAGAGAGUUGAGAUUUCUUAGCUAUUUGUAGACGUGCAGAAGAAUUCAAGAUUCCUCUGCUAAUGCACCACAAGUUUAAAGCUGCUCAGUGGAAGUAAAUAUGAACAAGAUACAGAACACCAGUCCAGCCAGUUACGUGCACAGAGGACUGGUUAACAACCGGACCAGCGAGCGUGUUUUGGCGUGGAAUAAAAUGAAGUUAGCUGUCGCAAGAACAGUACCUUUAGGGCAGGCAAUGUGAUUACUCCAGGAGCGCCCAAGACUUACUCUCCAUUGUAAUUACCGAAUUUCAAGCGUGACUAGAAUCCUUACACUUUCGGGCAAAUUAAUUUUUGAAUUGAUAAAACUAGUGGAUAUUAACUUUAAUUCAUAGUUCUGAUUGUGCACAAGGAAAUUUAGUUUACUACAGAGCCUGGCAAGCGAAUCUCGUAACGACUGGGGUUUCAUUCUUCGAGCUUUUCGUAAUGCAUCAUAUUUUUUCUGAUGGAGAUUUAACAGACCCCCCUCCUACCCCACUUUUGUGUUUUUUUUUCCUAGCAGACUUGGCUUCAUGUUCCACUUAUUUUCUGAUGCAAUCCCAUUGCAACGAAACAAUAAACUCGUAACAGCUUGAACACCUGA